UCAAAAUCUUUUGUAUACAUAUAUAUAUAUAUAAUUGUAAAACAUAUCAUAACCAAAGAACCCCUUUCUACCCUUUAAUUCAUUUUCAAUACUUAGCUUCUCUAUCCCAAUAUGGCUCUUUCCUUCAUCAAAAUCUUUUUCUUGUUGUUAUUAAUCACUCCUAAUCUUGACCUUUCACUAGCGAAAAAAUGCUCAUUUUUUACACCAAAGUACGAGAUACAUGUUAUCAACAAACUUCGAAUUAAUAACCCACAAUUGAGAGUUCAUUGCGCGUCAAAGGACGAUGAAAUUGCAGACAAGUAUGUUGCCAUAGAUGAAGACUUACAUUGGUCGUUUUGCGAGUCAUUUGUCCUUAAGACUUUAUAUUUUUGUCACUUUUGGUGGGGUCCAAAGAAUACAUCUAUUACUGUAUUUGAUGAUAUCACCUUUUGUAUACACCAUGGAAAAUAUGAAAAUCUUCUAAGAUAUUGUAAAUGGGAAGUAAGAGAAGAUGGUUUUUAUUUGGAACAAUAUAAUACUACUGCUGGGAAUAAGACAUAUUUUAUGGAUCAUGAAAGUGAUUGGUCUUAGGAAAUAUAAAAUGUCCCAUUGAUGUUUUGUGUAUUUAAAGUUGGAAGCAAAUAUAUUAUGAUGAAAUUUUGUCCUUUUAAUUUUGGAAUUUGCCCUAGUUCUUCUAUAGUUAUUUUUCAAUGGUCAUCAAAAUUAAUUUCAGUUCAAUUCAACACCUUUA